AUGUCUACUACACCCGUGAAGUACGUUCAGCUCGGCAAGAGCGGGUUGCGCGUCUCGGUUCCCAUCAUCGGCGCACUCAGCUACGGGAAUCCCAAAUGGGGGGCCAGCGAUGAGUCGACUCAAUGGGUACUCGGCGAGGACCAGGCGCUACCUAUCCUCAAAGCUGCCUGGGAUCGCGGCAUCAACACCAUCGACACGAGCAACAAUUACUCGAACGGAGAUUCCGAGCGCGUCAUCGCAAAGUUCAUCAAGACGUACCAAAUCCCGCGUGAAGAGAUCAUCAUCGCGAGCAAGUGCUACGCGCUCGCUGGCAAGGGUCCUGACCACAACGUUAUGGCCUUCCGCUUCCCCGAGAUGAAGAAUCGCAAGGAGUAUAUCAAUCAACACGGCCUCUCCCGCGCAGCCAUCUUAAACUCCAUCGAGGGUUCCCUCGCGCGUCUAGAGACGCCAUACAUCGACCUCUACCAGAUCCACCGCUUCGACCCGGACACGCCGCCGGAGGAGACGAUGAAAGCGCUACACGAUCUCGUCGAGUCGGGCAAAGUGAGAUAUAUUGGAGCGAGCUCCAUGGCCUGUUGGCAGUUUGCGCUUCUGAAUGAGGUUGCGGAGAGACAUGGCUGGACGAAGUUUGUAAGCAUGCAAGACGAGUAUUCGCUUCUUUAUCGUGAGGAGGAGCGCGAGAUGCUGGCGUAUUGCAAGUAUCAUGGGAUUGGAGUAAUUCCGUGGUCUCCUCUUGCUGGAGGCAAGCUAGCGCGUCCCAUUGGUGUCGAUACUGCUCGUUCGAGGUUGGUUGCAUCCUUUGGCGUUAAGGAGAACCCGGUCGCUACGGAAAUUAUCGGGAGAGUUGAGGAGAUUUCCAAGAAGCGCGGGUGGAAAAUGUCGCAGGUCGCCCUUGCAUGGGCGCAGCGCUCGGUGACCAGCCCCAUCGUUGGAAUGAACUCCGUACAGAGAGUGGAUGAGAGUAUUGUCGGAGAUGAACUGACUGACGCAGAAGCAAAGUACUUGGAGGAGCCAUAUCAACCCAAGGCGAUCCGUGGGUUUGGUGGCUGAAGCGAUCAUGCUGCAACCGCCGUCUAUGAGUCCUCUACUCGAAACGUAGCAUUACUCUGGAUUUGAACUUACAAGCCUCCUUCCCUGUAAUAAUAAGUAAUCUAAG